AUGGCACGGCCAACGCCGUCUGGCCGUAAUUGGCUGCGUGCAAUCAUCCCCACUGGGCUCCGGCGCCUGCGCUGGCCCGGCAAAAAAAGUAUCGAGACGAGGAUUAGAUCCAUGUUGCUAGAGAUCAGACCAUACAAAUUCCCAGCCCUCGAAAUCGAGCUGUUGAACGUUUUGAACGUUGGCAGAUUUGGUUGCAGUAUGCGAAGAGUUGUAUCGCCCAAGCUACUGCAUCGAAGGGAGAUAUGCCUCUUCUGCGCCUUCAAGCAUACUCUUGAGUUACGGGGAGCAGCAUCCCUACGGCCUCAACAUCGAACGUAUAGAUCUAGUGCACCGUACCUGCGUCCAGCCGGAGCUGCAGCUGCUCGUGUGGAAGAUUUUGAGGAUGACUUUUCACAACAUACUCCCUCCCGAGAGUUGCUAGGCUGGAGAUGCCGCUGUAAUCAUGUCAAUGCGCCUCGAAGAUCAGAGUGUACCAUAUGUACCAGCCCUCGGCCGCCAAAAGCUGAACUCGUCUACAAGGGGACAGCGCCGUCUUCGCCUUCUCCUCAGCCUACAUUAUCGGCCGCAGCGCAAGUGGCAACUACUCUUCCUUCUAGGUCCCCAUCCCAGAGCCCAUCUCCCUCGUCCGAUUCUCGAAAGACCGAUACUUCUCAGCCACGAUAUCCUCCCGGCCCGAAAGGCCGGUAUCCCUCUAGGACACCGUUCGACUCCCAGCGGCCGUCCCGUUCUAGUGCCAUUCUCGAUCAAGUCUCUUCAGACUUCGGACAACAAGGGCCUCCAAUAAGAUUCGGAAGACAUGGUGGGCCGAAACAACGAAGCAACGGCGACUCUGAUACUCAAACAUCGCUCACAGGUACCGAAAGUGGGUUCAAGAUCAGGAAGCUUGCAGUGAACGGUCCUCCUGCACCUGAUGGCUCCGUUGAUCAAGACGCCCUUCAAUCUGGAGAUCGGAGUCGCUCAUUUCGGCCCUUUUCCGGCAGAAAUGAUCUACCUGGUAGGAGACACGCAAGUCAGGAGCGAUCGCAAUCCCAGAGCACUGCCCCAGAUCCACUGUCUCAUUCCAGAAUUGGUGCAGCGCUCAAACCCAUGAAUCGGUCUAGAUAUGAUGAUCGAGGGUCAGCGGCUGAGAGGACCUCAAAUCAGCUGAAUCCACGCGAACCUCGAUGGAGAUCUCAAGCACACGAUCGCUCGACCCAGGAUCGAAAGGCAACUAAGCAGCCUGGUCGUCAUCCUUCCCGACAUCAUGACAGUGGAAGUAUACCUCAAACAACAAGCCCCCGGUCGCCUGUUAGCUCCGAUGUUGAAAUAGAAGAAGUUGAUGACGUCGGAGGAGCCACACCCACUCUAGAAACAGAGGACGACUGGUCUGACAGGAGAAAGAAGGCUGACAAGGACCGUGGGCGAAGAAGCAGGAUAUUUGACGUGGAAGAGGACAACCCUGACUAUACAUCACGGACUGCCAAAGUUUCUUCCGGCAAGAGGAGAAGUGCCUACAGGGGUAGUAGGCCUGAAUUCGACCCUGAUAUGGUGGAGGAUAUUUUGGAUGAACAGAAACGGAAGAAGAAAUCCAAAAGAUCUAAAAUGGAAGCUGUGGAGCAAAAGCGACCCGAGAUUCAGAUACCGGAGUUCAUCAGCGUGGAAAAAUUGGCUCAAGGGUUAAAGGUUCGGCUAGCAGACUUCAUCGAUAAGCUCGAGGAAGAAGGGUUUGAAGGAGCCCGAUAUGAUCAUGUCCUGGACUCGGGCACGUCUGCAAUGUUUGCAGAGAUCUAUGGCUUCGAGCCCAUUAUCGAUACCAUCGACGAAACUAGGGAUCUGGUCCCUCGACCACCCCCUGAAGAUCCUUCAGUACUACCACCUCGACCGCCAAUUGUCACAAUUAUGGGCCACGUUGAUCAUGGAAAGACCACCAUUCUAGACUAUUUCAGAAAUUCGAGUGUGGUAGCUUCGGAACAUGGUGGCAUCACCCAGCAUAUUGGAGCAUUCUCGGUUGUGAUGCCGGGUUCAGAACGAAAUAUCACAUUUCUCGACACCCCGGGUCACGCCGCGUUCUUGGACAUGCGUCGACGGGGUGCCAAUGUCACUGAUAUUGUGGUCCUAGUCGUCGCAGCGGACGAUAGCGUCAAGGCGCAGACGAUUGAAGCAAUCAAGCAUGCGUUGGAAGCAAACGUUCAAAUAAUCGUGGCCAUCAACAAGAUUGACAAAGACGACGCCGAUAUCGAACGGGUUAAACGAGAUCUUUCUCAGCAUGACAUUGUGGUGGAGGACUAUGGUGGCGAUUUUCAAGUGGUCCCUGUCAGCGGAAAAACGGGCCAAGGCAUGGCAGACCUGGAAGAAGCAAUCUUGACGCUGGCGGACGUGUACGAUUUCAGAGCCGAAACCGAUGGGCAAGCGGAAGGUUGGAUCAUUGAAUCUAAAGUCGGCGAAUCUGGUCGCGUGGCGACUGUCUUGGUCCGACGUGGUACACUGAGACCGGGCGACUUCAUUGUCGCAGGCAACACUUGGGCUCGAGUUCGCACCUUACGCAAUGAUGCUGGCGCGCUGAUUCAAGAGGCUGCUCCAGGAACCCCUGUUCAGAUUGAUGGUUGGCGAGGCGAAGACCCUAUGGCGGGCUCAGAAGUACUCCAGGCUGCAGAUGAGCAGCAAGCCAAAGACGCGGUUGCCGUUCGCCAGGAGCGAGAAGAGUCGGUCCGUACCAUUAGCGACCUGUCCGCUAUCAACAGUGCUCGGACAGAAGAGGCCGAGAGUCGAGCUAAGGUGCUCGAGUGGGAACGAGAACAAGGCUACAUGAAGAUGAAAGCAAACCGACGACCCAAAGACAACGAAGGCUGGGUUGAGAAAGAGUCUCUCGGACCACGACAAGUGCAUUUCCUCAUCAAGGCCGAUGUUGCUGGAAGCACGGAGGCUCUUGUCUCUGCUGUCAGUACUAUUGGCAACAAGGAAGUUGUCGCAAAUGUUGUCCACAGUGGCACUGGCGAGUUGACUGAAUCUGACAUCAAGCUUCUUGCUGCUACGGGGGAGGUUGGCUAUGCCAUCACGUUCAAUCAGCGCGUGGACACCGGCAUUCGACGUCUUGCAGAGGCCGCUAAUGUUCAGAUCCUGGAUCACAACAUCAUCUACAAAGUAACCGACGUCGUUGCGGAGAAACUAGCCGAGCAACUUCCGCCCAUCAUCACCCACAAGGUCCUUGGAGAGGCAGAGGUGGGCGACAUUUUUGAGAUCACAGUCAAGAAGGCCAAAGUGAAAAUUGCAGGAUGCCGAGUGACCAACGGAACCAUUCGCCGCUCGGAAAAGAUCCGAGUUCUUAGGGACGGCGAAGUGGUCUACACAGGCACUCUUAACUCCUUCAAGAACAUCAAGAAAGACGUGACAGAGAUGCGUAAAGGCUCCGAGUGUGGUAUGGGCUUCGAGAACUGGGACAGCUUCGAAGUCGGCGACCAAAUCCAGUCAUUCGAGGAAAUCCAUGAAAAGCGGAGCCUGUAUUGA